CUCAUAAAGUCCCUCCUGUACAUCUUCACAUUUAUCACAUCAUCAAAAGCCAGAAGUGAGAAUGAGGUGCACUUUAGCAGAACAUAUUCGAAGUUGUGGUUGCAUGUGCAUUAAUCAUUCAUUAUGUUUAAUGCAUCUUUGUUCAUAUGUUCUUUCUUUCAGCUCAUUAUCUGACAGAAUCACUCUCCAUUCUCAGCUGUUCCCGGAGUGAAUUCAGACUAUAAAAGAACGACCAUCAGCUCACAGACACCAUCAUCUACUGAUGAACAUCUUCAAGCCACAGUCUGAUCCAGCGUAUGUUACAGCUGUUGCUCAAUAAACACCAUUCACUGCAGCUUCCCCAGUCAUCCUGAUCCUCACAUCACACUAUGUUCUUCAUCAGAUCAACAGCAUGGCAGUGGAAAAUGUGACGCUAAAAGUUCUCCUUUGACUUCCUGUGGAAAAAAGAAACAAACCAACUGGCCAAGUUCUGUCAUAAAUUGUUUCCUCAGGAAUUCGUGAAACAAUGGCACAACAUAACAUCAGCAUCAAUGGCUCAACUGCAUCAAAUGAAGAAUGGAGGAAAUUAAUAUGGAAACAAUAUUAUGCACAACUUGUAUUUGUCCGUGUCCUUUCAGUCAUUGAGAUCCCAAUCAUGAUCUUAACUCUGAUCGCCUUGUGUUUUCUCGUCAAAUCUCGGCCUGCUGCUUCAGUUUUUGUUAGUCAUUUGAUACUUUCAGAUCUCAUACAGGUCAUUUGUAUGUUAAUAUCAACAGAAACCUCAUGGCCAUAUGAACGGAGUAAUGCAUAUCUCUAUUCUUUGAUUGUGGGUCUGUAUUUUAUGGCAUGUGUUGCUUUUGAACGAUAUCUUCUGGUUUCUCAUCCUAUCUGGUACAAAUCUCAUCAUUCACUCAAACUCUCCUGUUUUAUUUCUGUGAUCGUCUGGUUUGUGCCUCUGAUCUGUACAGAAGUGAAACCCCCUUAUAUUUAUUUUGAUGCUCUACACUGGUGUAUAGCAUGUUUAAUUCCCUACCCCAUCAUCAUUCUCUGUUUUGCUGGCACUUGGCGAGGUCUUUCUCGCUCAAUAUCACUGACUGCUCUGAAGCGCAAAUUAAUUUUGGGCAGUUUGUUCCUGGUGCUGUUGACUUACACAUUUCUCAUUCUGCCUGCUGUGAUUAUGGCAUUGAUUGUAGAUUUUGGUCACUAUUACAGUAUUGUUGUUAUGAAAUUUUACCCCUAUGCACUUUUGAUCCUGUAUGUGAAUCCACUUGCUGACUGUGUGCUGUACCUGUUCAUGAGGCCUGAUGUUGGUAAUAUAAUGAAGUCUGUUCGCUGCUGUCGUAGACAUCAGAGAUCGAAUCACAAGCAGGACGAACACUCUGUAGUGAAUCCACAGAACAGCUGCUGUACUGUAGUGUGCUGUAUUUCAGCUCAAGAGCCUUCAUCUCAUUCACUGAACACCUGCAGCUCAGUUUAACCUGCUGCUAAAUAUAGAGCUGAAAAACACUGCUAUAUUUAAAUGAAGUCAAGGUCCAUUUUUACAUUGCAAACACACUUAAUUUUAAGAAAAGUGAGGUGUGUUUAUUUAUAAAACAGUUAGUAAACGGAAUUUUAUUUAUACAAAAAAAUAAAGAAAAUUUUGUGUUUCUGAUUGUGCUGACUUUGUGUAGUAGCAGUAAUUAAUCAUAUGGUGGAGAGGAGGGUUGUAACUGAUCAUAAUCAGUCAUAUAUAUAAAGUAGAGUAUAUUAGAGGUGUACUAAGUGAACUUUAUAAAAGUAUAUAUAAAACAUUAAGCAGCACAAGAAAAUGACACGGCAAUCUGAAGAGUUUGAUAAUCAGAUAGCUGGAAUACUAUUGUGUGUUUUCGUAGGUGUUGUGUUUUUGAUGAUUGUAUUGUUUCUUCUUCACUUUGUCAAUAAAGAGAUAAUUUUUGUAUUGUUACCCUUGUCUCUGACUUUAACUGCUGACACGAAUCUGUGUAUGCCUCUGAAGGUGGUUCACUUUAAUUCUAUGGGUGGAAUUCCUAUAGUGGCGUAGUCGGGGUGAAACUGGCAUCUUGUUCAGUUCCCAUUUUAUUUUAAAUAAAAUCUUACCUGCCUUCGUUCUCUACCGUCACACUCGCAUAAAAUUCAAGGCAUUAAUGUUUGCCUACAAAACUGCCUCUGGCUCUGCUCCUCUUUACCUAAAUUCAUUCAGACUUGUGUGCCUCUAUAAGCUUGCAUUCUGCAAGUGAACAUCGCUUUAUUAUUCAUCCCAAAGAGGCACAAAAUCACUUUCACAUUAACUGUUCCCUCCUGGUGGAAAGACCUGCCCAACUCAAUCCAUCUUCAAGAAUCGGCUAAACACACAUCUCUUCCAUCUUUAUAUGACCCUCUUAACUCUAGCAUCUAUUCUUUAAAAAAAAAACUCUAUUCAUUUGCUGCUUGUUUUCUUAAAUAAAAUUUUAAAAAAACACUAACUUCUCCAUUCUUUUUGUAUUCUAUCCAUUUCUUUUCUUUUUAUUUAUUAUACAAUUAACAAAAGCAAAAAAGGUCUCUUAACACUAGCUUGCUCUAUUCUUUGUUUUCUUUAUAUUUAUUAUAUAAUAAAAAUUUUAAAAAAUUUGCUACGUGUACUGCGUUAAGCUAACUGAGACUUGUUAUAGCACUUGCAUAUCAUUGCU